CCUUCAUUUCCCAGAUUGCAUCGCUCUUAGCGUGUCAGCCAUAUUGCCUUCGCCUCAACGCGCCUGGCUACAUCGGGGCCGUGCUUAAAACAUAACAUUAUUGCAGUCAUGACCCAGACAGUGCAGACAAAUGGGGUACAGUCCCUCAGCAAGACCUGGGAACUAAGUCUUUAUGAACUACAGAGAACACCACAGGAGGCUAUAACAGACGGGCUGGAGAUAGCAGUGUCACCCAGGUCUUUGCACAGUGAACUUAUGUGUCCCAUUUGUCUGGACAUGUUGAAGAACACAAUGACAACUAAAGAAUGUCUGCACCGCUUCUGCGCCGACUGUAUCAUCACAGCUUUGAGAUCCGGUAAUAAAGAGUGCCCUACCUGUCGUAAGAAACUUGUUUCUAAACGGUCACUGCGUCCUGACCCCAAUUUUGAUGCUCUGAUUAGUAAGAUUUAUCCCAGCCGAGAUGAGUAUGAAGCCCACCAGGAGAGAGUUUUGGCUCGCAUUAGCAAACACAACAAUCAACAAGCUUUGUCCCACAGCAUAGAAGAGGGUUUGAAAAUACAGGCUAUGACCAGGCUGCAGCGUGGUAAGAGACAUACAGUGGAAAAUGGCAGCGGAGCUGAGGACAACGGAGACUCUUCACACUGUAGCAAUGCAUCUGUCCACAGUAAUCAGGAGGCAGGUCCAAGCAUCAAGCGCACCAAGACGAGUGAUGACAGUGGUUUGGACAUGGAUAAUGCUGCUGAGAAUGGGGGAGGAGACUCUGCAAUUGAUGGAGGUGCCAGUGAAAUAGAACUAGUGUUCAGGCCACACCCUACCCUCAUGGAGAAGGAUGAUGGUCAGAACAGUGUGGAGUUUGUUCCUCGCUACAUAAAGACAUCUGGUAAUGCCACUGUGGAUCACCUGUCUAAAUACCUGGCUGUCCGACUGGCUCUGGAGGAGCUGAGAAGAAAUGCUGAUGCCAGUCCUGUUAAUGUUGAGGGAGCGUCAGAGAAACAGUACACCAUCUACAUCCCUACGGCUGGAAACCAGUUCACUGUUCUGAAUGGGUCCUUCUCCCUGGAGCUUGUCAGUGAAAAGUACUGGAAGGUCAACAAACCCAUGGAGCUCUACUUUGCCCCCACUAAAGAACACAAGUAAACACAUACACCACUCCAUCCAUAAAAAUACACACCAGAUGGAGGUAACAGAUGGACAUGACUACAGCUGCACACACAAGCAAAAGGAGAAGAAUGUGUGUCUGACAGAGACCAGGAGGUUUGGUUAAGCCUUCAAAUAGACUUCUGUGAAGAGAAAAAAAACCUCUGUUUUAUACUUUCUGUAUCUUUGUCUCUUGUUAUACAGCAGCAGAUCAGCACAGCAGAUUAAACCUCAAACAACAAGUACAGAGCCAAAAAUAGGCUUCAUUCAUUGGUUGAAUUGUAGAUUUAAAUGAUAGAGGAAAAAUACUGGCAUUUGUCCCCUCAUGUGGUAAACUUUGGUUUCUGUGACAAACAUGGGAUGCUGAUCCUGUUCCUGAUUGUGUCUAAAAACAUCUUGUCCAGAAUUUAUAGCAGAAUUUGUUAGGUCACAACUGUCAUGAUACAUGUCUGCAAUAACGAGGAAAAAGACGAAGAGACAAACUCUGCUCAAUAAUCCAUAUUUCUCAGUUUCCAAACUCUACAUGAGAAUGUAAGAUGCAUCUGAACUACAUUUAAGGGUGUAACUGUAAAUAUAAAAUGAAUAUGAAGCUUGUUAUUGAUCCUUGGAGAAGUUUUUCUGAUUAUACAUUAUUUGUAUCCCCCUCUUUGAGACCUGCUUGUUUUUUGGCCUAUAUUUUUUAAAGGUCCUGAGGCAGAAUGAGUUACAGGGAUUUUUCUUGCUCAUUUUUUAAUUUUGUGUUCAAAUUGUUCAUAAUUUAUUUUAGGCUCCUGAAAUGGGAUCAGUUGGAGCCUAUGGGGACAAUCAGUUUUUCUUCAUGAAUAACUGUAAUUACUAGGCACUGAUGUUUGAGUUGUGAUGUUCUAGAAGGGGAUUCAAAUUGCAUGUUAUUUUUUCUCUCAUAGUUUUUUAAACAAAGUGUGUUCUAACAAGUGACGACUUGGAGCAGCAGCAGGCUGUACAAGCCUAACAUAUGUAGAAUCUUUGGUUUCUCUUUUUUGUCAUGUGUGUUGCUGAAAAGUCUGAGAAGAUUUAAAUGUGUGUGUGAGGGCUGACUGGCCAGGCUGAUGUUUGUCAUCUGGAAACCUGACUUGUUUGGUUUGAGCAUCUUCUUUCUGUUGUCUUGAUCUGUUGCCAUAGAAACUGUCUUAAAAUUUGUGGCUGCUUUCUGUGGCUCAACCUUUUUAUAAAUGUCUUUUGUAACAUGGAGAGGAAGCAAUGUGUAUUAUUGGGGGUGGGUGGGUGGGGGUAUUGGGGUUCUUUGUUUGUUUGUUUUGUCUGACCACUACAGUAUUCAAUGUCCAUAGAAAUGUCCACAGCUUUGGUUUUUUGACCAAUAAUGACACAACGGGCUCACACAGCACACAAGGACUGAAAGCCAGUAGAAAAGUUACAUUCUGUGUGUAGCUAACUAAAGGAUCUGAACGGGAAUAGAAGAGUUCUCUCACUUGACUGAAGUUUGUAUGUAAACUGUUCUAACUUAAUUUUCUUUUGCAUCUUAUUUGUUAACAGUGAAAAUCCUCAAGGCUCUUUAUUGCACAAACCACAAUUAAGAUGGCAACACAACCACAUUUAAAGGGGUUUAGGCAUUUUUCAGAUACUAAGGCUGCUGCUGUCAGCAACAAGAGGCAGCAACACUAAAUGGACGGAUGUGAGGAGAGAUAAGUGUGUAGGUAGAGUUGGGGUCACAGAAAACUUUAAUAUUGAUGUUCAUUUCAAAACCCUUGAACUUACUCAUCUGUUCAGAAAAGGCGCUGGUCAUUCCUCCACUUGCUUAUUUAAUACAUUUGCAGGAUGGCUCACUUCAAACCAACUGGAGCCAUUUACCGCAAGCUGUUUUGUCCUGAUUAUGCACCAGUUUAUACCUGCCAGGCGAUGUUUCUUAGCUGCUUUGACUAAGGAUGAUUUAAACAUACUUUCUUUAUUUGCUCACAGUGGACUAUAAGGAAAUAUGGCUAUAGGACUACAAUAAAAAUAUCCAGCAGCAGGAGGUCAUUGUUCAUAUAUCUGCUGGGCCACAAACAGGAAUCUGAACCACUAUCUCAGCUUUUCAAUAAUUACCUCCACAAUUAGUAAAGAAACUUUCCUACUAAGAAAAGUAAACUGAAAUGGAUGGAUUUAAGGUAUGUGUGUAAAAGUGUCCAUAGAAUUGGAAGUGAGUGAGCUUAGAUGUAAGGACAAAUUACUAAAAAGGGAAACUGGCCUGGUUCCUUCACUAAACCUCAACCAUCAUCUAGGGAGAUCUGCAGGUUUGGGAAACAGGUUCUCAGCACAUUUGAAAGUCCUAUUGAAGAAUCAUAUUAUGUAUUGGUUGUCCCACAUGUCUAUCUUUGUGACGUGCUCACUUAACACCAAUGUGCAUGUAUGUUGCUGGUUAGUCUCAGCUUGCUGGCUGCGCACUUCUACUGUUUAUGUAUCCAGUUAGCUUCGGUUUCAACCUUUCAUUGUACUCCACUGCUCUUAACAUAUAUUUUUGCAACUCUGACAUUUUAAAACUAUGAGAAGAGGAUGAAGGCCUCUGUAGAAAGAAAUGAGACCAGGUUGUUUGGGAGAUUCCGUCACGUGAUUCCCCCUGAGGAGCGAAACAGCAGGUAGGAUGGAACAUGGGAAAAAUGUCCACUAUACCUUUUUUUAAAAACUACAUUAUGGAACCUAGAUUUUAAUUAUUUCAUAUUGACAUUUAAAACAAUGCCAUUUCAUAAAUCAGGAGAUGAGAUUAAUUCCUAAAUUUAAAUCUUGUAAAACUAGAAAGUAUUUUUUUUUUAAGGUCAGAAUUUUGGACAAAUAAACUUGAUGUUUAUUCCUGAGCUAGGUGAGCCUGUGUAAAAUGAGUGUACAAAUGCUUGAAUUUUGUACAUACCCAUCAUACGGCAUCUUUAACUGUGGAAUUCUAAUACCAAAAUAGCCUGUUUUCUUGUUUCCUUUUUUCACUAUUGUAAGAUAUUUUUCAGAAUGGAAACACAAACACUGGCAGCUUCGUGUUAUAAAGAAACUUUCAGACAAACCUUUGGAAACUAAAGAUGUAUCGCUGUGGAGAAAAGGCAACCUGGUAGAAGAACCUUGCCGUUCAGAUUUUUUCAUCCAUAAAUGUGCCAACUGUGAAAUCAUGAGGAUGACCCCAAAUGAAAACUGUCUAUGUUGUGCUUUAUGAAAGAGAAAACUCCUUCAUUCUUAUAUUUGGUACCAGUGUGUGUGGAUCUGUACAGCUUUUUUCUGGUUGGACAAUAAAACAAUGUUUUAACAUAAAA